GGUCCCUCAGGGCAGCAGCAUGCUGAUCGUUCAGACAUCACGCUGGACGCGCGCUUGGUGCGCCGGCGCUUGGAGGAUCCCUUCACCCGGCGACGGCUGCUGUUCUUCGUCAGUAUCCAUUUGGUGGCCUUUGGUGCCGAGAUUGCGGCCAUGCUGAUCUUUGUGCACACGCACGACUAUUUCUUUGUCGCAGCUCUCCUGGUGCCAUUCAUUUUCUCUGGUUUUUUCUGCAGUUACGCUGCAUGGCAUUGUGAAAUGCCUGAGACCGGCUCUCGACUUUUCCCUUUGAAGGAACGACCCAAGGGUCUUCGCUUCUUGUUAACCGUGCCCAUGGGAUUUCUGCAAGGAGUCAUCAUUUGGCUGGCCUUUGAGGAAUAUGCUGAGAGGAAUGCAGAUCAGAGCCUGCCCAUCACAGAAACAGCAUGGCAGCGCCGCACGGACCGUCGCGGGGCCGCACCUCCCAACAAGUAUCACUGCAAGGCAGUGAACGGACUUUUCGAGGGCAUCGCCUCAACGAUGGUCUUGCUCUAUGCUUUCUGGAGUCUCGGGGUCAAGAUUGGAAAUCCUCCGGGGCCCAUCACGAAGCUGAAAUUCACUGGUGAGGGAGUUCUCGUCGGAGCUUUGGGUAUCAUCUGCUUCCUUUCCACUGGUUUAGGUCUCAUGGAACUAGACUACUGCACCUCUCGGGCUAUUGCCAAGCGCAUGCGCAGCUGGCCCUACGAGACGGUUCACGUGCUCUUCCGCACUUGUGAGGUGACCUCUCGCGUGUGCAUGUUCGUGGCGUUCAUGGUCACCACCAGACAAGAAGAGGAAUGGAGGUUGUGGUGGUGCAUUUUGCUGGCGGAUUUCUGCUUCACCGCUUUCAUCGUGACCGUCUUCGGGGGUGCUGAGACCACUUGGUUUGUGCGCAUCUUGUGCAGCUGUCCCUGUGUAUUCGCCAACAUCUUUGCCUUCACCGAUGCACCCAACAAACGGCGAGCUGCCAAGUUGGUCUCUCGCUGGCUGACCAUCAAACAUGCGGCUGAGAUCGUCCUCCUUCCGUUGGUGGUGUUUCUGGGGAUGGGUGAUCGUCUUUGGAAGGACGUGGAGGACAACUGGAAACACCAUUGGUUCAUGAUUAUCGUUGCCCUGUCUGCCAGUGUCCUCUACUGGCCACUGCUGGCCUAUCUUUCGACCAGAUCGUUGCACCGAAGCAACAUGACGGACAUUUUCUCGGCAUGCGAAAACGGCUCCAAGAACGAGGUGAAGGGAGCCAUCCGAGAACUUACCCGGAGCGCAGCGAUUUGUUUGAAUGUGAACAGUCCUGACGUCGACGGGAACACACCGCUGAUGUUGGCGGCCGCCAGGGGCCAUGCGGACGUGUGCGAUCUGCUGGUCCAGCAGGGUGCUCGAGUCGAAGUAAGAAGAUGUCCAGAUAACAGGAAGUGUCGUACCUUGUUAACCAUCUCCCUGCGUCGUCGAUGGACAGCUUUGCACAUCGCAGCGUAUCAUGGGCAUUUGAAGGUGGUUCAGAUUCUGCUGGAGACGGCCAAAACACGUGCUGCAGGCGAAAGAAGUGCUUCGGAUUACUGGAACUACGUAUUUCAGGAUUCUGCCAAUCAGACCCCGCUGCAAGUUGCAGCUCGAAGGGGUUGGGUGGAGGUAUGUUGCUGCAUUGCAUACCAUGUGCCCAGGUGGAAGAUGGCGAUGCAAGCAGAACCACACCCUGCCAUCGACCAAGUUCAGCGUGAAGUGAGAAUUGCCAUUACGGAGCCUGGCCCCGAACUGCUGCAGAGAUCCGUGGAGUCCUGUCGCACGCCGUUAUUGGAUGCUGCUGCACCUAUCCAAAAUAUCGAGGGCUGGCCUCAAGUGCAAGUUGCCAUUGACAGAAGUCAGCAUGACCAGUUGAUGGCACCAGGCCUGUGCUCCUACAUCGCGAGCUGCUGUGGCGGAGCACUGGGUCGCACCUUCCUGGUGGAUGUGAGGCCCUCUGAAGAGGAGCUGAACCAAAGCGUUCUGACGGACAUCAGCGAGGCCACCGAAACCAGUGAGGUCACGAUCCCUGGAGGCACCCGCCUGGCGGGCCUCCAUCGAGAGCCAACGGGCGAUGCGCCAAGUCUCCACGCCUUGGUCCCCGUGUCAGCAAGCACCAAGCAGAUCAUUCCAACGUGGAAGGAAAUGUCCAUGACGAUGGAGACCGCCAUGCGCAACAGAGGCUGUUCAUCCUCCUACAUUCGAGGCUGCAUUUUUCGGAGAAUCCCAGAGAUUGGAGCUGCUAUCCUGGGCCAAGGGAGCUAUGGUGUUGUUUGGUGUGCAAUGGACGAAGGCAACGACAAACUCUACGCUGUGAAGAAUAUUUGCGAGGCUCCGACCACUACCGCAGUCAGUCGGAGGGAGUUUGAGGUCAGCGAUCGGAUUCGGCUGACACCACACCCAUGUUUGGUGAAGCUUUUCGCAGUGCAACAUUUUGCAGAUGCUGGCCUCUACGUGCUGGUGAUGGAAUUCUGCCCUGGGGGGAACUUGCUGCAACGGAUCAGACAGACCCGCAACCUUCUCGGGCGCGGAAGGUACAAGGCCCCCGGCCCAGCAGUGGCCUGGAUCGCCCAAGUCUUCCUGGGAUUGGAACAUAUGCAUUUGCGCAUGGAUACGCUGCUCAGAGACUUGAAGCCUGACAACGUGGUGAUCAGUGACCGAGGCGUGGCCAAGUUGACGGAUUUCGGGUUUGGUCGCUUCGGUGUGGAAGGCUCCAGCGGCACCUGGUCUUUCGGCAUCCCCGCUGGGAGCCCGGGCUACGUGGCACCAGAGGUCAUCUUACAACGGAACUACGACCACCGUGCAGAUCUCUAUUCAUUGGGCGUUCUCACCUGGGUCCUUUUGUCUGGCGGCUUGGUGAAUGUGGAGCCCCCACAACCACCAACUGGGCAGAGCCGGGGGAAUGAUUUCCGAGUUUAUGCCAAAGACUUCCGCCUGCUCCAACGAUGUUUGGAAGACCCACCAUCCAAUGGAGCAUUGCGAUUGCAACGGAAUCAGCAGGACAAACCCAGGGCAGUAGGUUCGCUUGGAUCACACGUGAAUGCAGCAGAGGGGUUCGGAUUGCGAUCGUUGCAGAAGUUGAAUGUAUGCAGUCCAAGCGAUGGCUGA